CAUCCAAAACUAAACCCACCCCACACCUCACCCUCACACUAACCCCACCCUCACACUAACACCAUCCAAAACUAAACCCACCCCACACCUUACCCUCACACUAACACCACCCUCACACUAAAAUCAUCCGACACUAAAUCAGAUUCUCAUCUAAAACUUUUUACUAAAUCGUAGAGUAAAAAUGGAGCAAUUUAUUCUGUGGUCGACAGAGGGCGGAAAAACACAGGGAAUCGAGCAGGACAAACCGGAAAUUAUGUAAGAAUCGUAAAAGAAGAACGAGCUCGAACGCGGUUUAUUUUUCCAACCUAUAUUUAUAAAAGCCCGCCCACUUUACUAGGAUUGGUCAACACGAUUCACCUUUGAGUGAUCCGUCAAUGAGAAAGUGGGGUUCUCCGCAACUAGCCAAUCCUAGUUUAGGGGCGUGGCUUAUCGGAAUACGGUUGGGGGAAGAACAUAAACAAUGCAGCGGUUUUUCUGUUAGCAUAAUGGAAGCACUUUUAAAUGUAGCUUAUUUAUUUUGCGUUUUUUCCUGAUUUGCGGGUUUUCUGGAAGAUUCCGUGGAACGGGAGCUGCUGUACGUACACGGAUUUCCACAGAGAUUUACCUGAGAGCUUUUAUAUUUCUGUUCUUUAGUAGUUGUUAGGCAGCGAAGGACGGAGGCGAGCCAGUGUUCACUUCACACUAGUGCACUAGAAUUAGGGAAAGGAAGGAGCGAGGAGGAAGACAUGCCGGAAAUUAAACUCAAACACGUGGUUUCCUGCAGCAGUGAGGACAGUACACAUAAAGGAGAGAACCUGUUGAGCUCAGAGACGUACCGGAAGUGGAAAUGCGCUCGUCCGGGAGAGAAACAGAUUUCAAUCAUCCUGCAGUUUGAGAAGGAGGAGCAGGUCCACAGUAUUGACAUCGGGAAUGAGGGAUCAGCGUUCAUUGAAGUCCUCGCUGGACACUCAACCUCUAUCAAAGACCAGGACUUUGAGGUGUUGUUGGUGACAUCAUCAUUCAUGUCUCCUUCUGAGAGUCGAGGAAAUUCAAACCUGAACCGUGUGAGAUUCUUCAGCCCUCAUCAACUGGUAAAGAGCACAAGUCAGGAGAAAUGGGAUAGAGUGAAGAUCAUCUGUACACAACCUUAUAACAAGAACAUUGCGUAUGGAGUGGCAUUUAUAAAGUUUCACUCUCCACCAGAUGAUGAUGCUCCUGGUUCUACACCACCUAAGUUGACUAAACUGGGACAGUUCCGGGUGAAGGAUGAGUCUCCGUCCUCUGGCUCGAACCUGCAGCCGGGGAGUCUGUUUCUGAAACGAGAGAAUAAGGAGUGUACAGGAGCGAAGGUUUCCCCUAAAGGUUCUACUCUCACUUACGCAGCAGCGGCGCUACAGUCAGAACCAUCUGCCUCAAGCUCCGCCCCCAACAGUUCACCACCGGCUGCUGUCUCUGUGAAGAGAAAGUUUGAGUUCAGUAAAGAGAGACAAGAUGCUCCUGCACCCCCUGCCAAGAAACACACACCUCCACCCAAACCCCUCCCACAGAAACCUGAACACACACACACCUCCAGCACAAAAACAGUUACUUUCCCCCAGAAGUCUCCAGUUCAGCAGUCCUCUGUGAAGCCCCGCCCACGAGCCUCAGACCCAAUCCCCUUCAGCCGCAUCAUGGAAGACGUAGUGUUUGUGCUGAGUGGAUUCCAGAACCCGUUCCGUGCAGAACUCAGAGACAAGGCUUUGGCCAUGGGGGCGCGAUACCGACCAGACUGGACCACCGACUCUACACACCUCAUCUGUGCCUUUGCCAACACUCCUAAGUACAGUCAGGUGAAGGCUGCAGGAGGUCUGAUUGUGCGGAAGGAGUGGGUGAUCGACUGUCACAAGAGGAAACAGAAAAUCACCUACAAACGAUAUCUAAUAGAUGGAGUGGAGUCGAGCGAGGAGGAGGAGGAGGAGGAGGAGAAGAGCAGCACUGCUGGGGAACAGAGACAUGAUGAUGAAAAGAAUAAAGUAAUGACAAAUAUAAGUCCUGGAAAGAGAGACAGCACCUCCAUGAAACGUGUUAAAGAGGAGAAGAGUGAUGGAUCACUGGAAGAGCGAGAAGAAGAGCACGAUGGUGAUGAUGGACAUGAUGAUGAUGAUGGAGAUGGAUCAGGCAUGGACACUGAAGAUGAGUUGAGAAGGUCAUCAGGAGUAGAGAAGAGGAGAGAGCAGAAGGCAGGACAGGAGGACAGAGGAAGAGAGAAGAUGGAAGAAGAUCCGUAUGGAGGAUCUACAGAUGAGAACACAGACGCUGAAGAAGAGGAAGACAAACCCAUACCAGAGCUACCAGACUUUCUGGCAGGGAAGCGUUUUUAUCUUUAUGGGAAGUUUGCGGAGGAACAGCGACGCCUGCUGCAGCGUUACAUCAUCGCUUUUAACGGGAUUAUGGAGGACUACAUGAAUGAGAAGGUCCAGUUUGUAAUCACCAGUCAGGGUUGGGACGACACCUUCGAGGACGCUCUGAUGGAGAAUGAGAACCUGAGCUUUGUGAAGCCCUCAUGGAUUUUUGCCAUUAAUGAUCGCCAGAAGAUGUUACCCUAUCAGCCUUACACCGUAGUGCCCUAAACACACUGUCCAAACACACACACACACACACACAUUAAAACUUCAACAUCUUGUGUUGAUGUUUUAAACACAUCUGCUCGGCUGCGUCUCAAACACUGUGUGUGUGUGUGUGUGUGUGUGUGUGUGUGUGUGUGUGUGUGUGUGUGUGAGAUUAAAUGUGAUGCAUUGGGUGUGUUUGUGAUGUGUGUGUGUGUGUG